AUGCAUCAUCGAAGACAUCUGCAUCUGAGAACUUUUCUCAUUUUCUGGAACCUAUAUUUCGCCAGCUCAUUAUGUAUACCUACAGAAGAUGCGAAGUACAAUACCAGCGCCCAAUUUGGGAGACGAGCUCUUGCUGUCACACACUUGGCACUAGAAUCAUCAAUACCUGAAUCCAAGGAAAUGGCUUCUGUUGGAUCUUUACGGACUACGCUCAAGUCUCACUCAUCUCCAAGUACUUCACCAUUGCAAGUUAAAGGUUCAUUAUCUGAUGAACUUGGGAGAAAGAAAAUCACACCUUCAGAGGGAGACUUCGUGUCAGGAUUGAAUCGUGAGGUUCCACUAGGCGAUGAGCAGCUAGAAAGGUUUGGCGCGUCAACUACCACCCCAAUUGGUGGAAAAGGAAAAGAAUUAGAUAAAGUGAAGACUUCAUGGUGGUCAAUUCACUUAUGUACGAGUUUGAAAUCUUGGUGGAAGAGAAUAAUGAAAGGCUUCUCUUCGCUCCAAAAAUCUACCAUAAGAAGCUUUCGUAAUAUUGUUCAAAGCAGAUCGCAUACUGGUGUGUCAAAGUCUUCGAGCUCAAAUGGUAUUUCACCCAGUGAUAAAUCAAUAGCUGAUCAAGGGAAUGAAUCGACAGCCGAUCAAGCGACGAAAACGACUCAUAGAUCAAUACCUGAUAUGAUGACAAGCAAUCUUGAUGAAUCGAUGGCUAAUCAGGCGACAAAGAUUCCGCACCACAAUUCAAAUGAGGAUGACGAAAUCUAUCACGAUGCUUUGAUUGAUUUUCAAGACAAUCCACUAGUUAAACAUCUGACCUCUCUCACUAAGGAAGCGCAACCCUCGCUCAAAGAAAACCAUGUUCCUACGAAGGCACAAGCUGCGCUGAAAGAAAACCUUUCGCUCAAAGGAGUACAAGCUUCAUCAAAAGAUUACCAUCCUCCUGUUGAAUUACAAUCUCAGGUAGAAAGUGUUUCUUUAGAUCAAAGUCAAUUAGCCAUCACUGAGCUUGCUUGGAAAUUAAUUCAAAGGGGAGAAAAUUGGAACACAAUCUUUAAUAAAGUUUUCAAGUUGAAUUUUUUAUUGGCAGGAAAAGUCAAAAAACAUUUACAAAAAUUUACUAAUCAUUGGGAAAUCCUUUAUGAUAUUGAAAAAAGAAAAUCUGGAAUAGAUCAUCUUCAUAAUUAUAAAACUCUUAGGGAAGCACUUGAUAACCCAUUGGAGACAGCCACCAGAGAGGGCUAUGAUCGUUUCUUGGCUACUUUGAAGAACAAGCUUGAUGUACCUAUAGUCAAAAAUUACGUUCACGAGGAAAAGAUGAAAGACCUACAAGUUAAUGUUGCUCAACAGCUUAAGAUGUGGGAUCAAAACUUAAGAUAG